CCGGUUUAAAUCUCUUCCCAGAAAUAAGGAUCCCAGAACACACAAGAUGCAAAUAACGUUUUAAAUAUUAACGCGAACUCAGCCAUAUGAAAUAAAUGUACUGAACGUAAUCCAAUUUUAAUGUUUAAUGUCGCGGAUAUUUCCUGUGGAGUAUAAAUGUUGAACCGACUGAGUGUAGCUUUCAUUCAGUCAAAUAUCUUACUAAGGAUACCGUCUCCUUUUCUCUCUUUCUUCUUAAUAAAUAAAUACAAAUAUGCAAACCAAAAGUAGCAAUACAUGCCAAAAACUCACCCUUCUGGUACUGCUAUCUCUUAUGUUGUCCGUGACAAUUCUGCAAGGGAAAGUUGCUAACUGUAGACCACUACCUCAGUGCUGCAGGCGAUUUGUGUUCUCUCCUGCGUGUAGAGGAGUAGCAGCCAAACGCAAUUUACCUGUAUCAAUUAUAGAGGACAACGUAAUCCGUGAUCCAAGGUUCUUCGCAGCAGAUCUCGAUUAUGCUAGCGACAACGACUUUAAAAAUGCUCUAGUUGAAAAUAUUGGAAGCAUGAGCCGUUUGAAAAUGGAAGCCGAAGAACAUGGCGAGUAUGCAAGUUAAAAUAAGAAUCUUUUAAAUGUAAUAAGAUAACAAGGGACUCUUUAAUAGGAAAAGUGUUACCAGUUAAUAAAAAUAUUACUUAGCA